GGGCCCCUGGUUCCAAACACUAGGAUCUGGUGACCAGCGGCGGGCGGGGAACACGAGGGCAGGACGAGGUUGUCCUGUUCCUCAUCAAACGCGAGAGGCGUUUCGCAGGACUCCGCGACACAACAGGUGACCACCGCCUGCGGGAACCCGGCCUCGGCGAGACGUGCAGACCGCAGCUUCGAGUUCAUCCGCGGGGAGGAGAUUGGCGCCCGAGGGUGCCGCUUCUCUUUUAAUCCUGUGCCCGCUUGGUCCUGGGUCGAGCGCUGCUCGCAUCCUGCCCCGAGAAGUGAUUAAAAUGGCUUCCAGAGGAAAGACAGAGACAAGCAAAUUAAAGCAAAAUUUAGAAGAACAGUUAGAUAGACUGAUGCAGCAAUUACAAGAUCUGGAAGAAUGCAGGGAGGAGCUUGACACUGAUGAGUAUGAAGAAACGAAAAAGGAAACUUUGGAGCAGCUGAGUGAAUUCCACGAUUCCCUGAAGAAAAUUAUGUCGGGGAAUAUGACUUUGGUCGAUGAACUCAGUGGGAUGCAGCUGGCUAUCCAGGCAGCCAUCAGCCAGGCCUUUAAGACACCUGAAGUCAUCAGGUUGUUUGCAAAGAAACAACCAGGUCAGCUUCGGACAAGGUUAGCAGAGAUGGAUAGAGAUCUGAUGGUGGGGAAGCUGGAACGGGACCUGUACACCCAGCAGAAGGUGGAGAUUCUAACCGCUCUCAGGAAGCUUGGAGAGAAGCUGACAGAAGAUGAUGAGGCCUUCCUGUCAGCCAACGCUGGUGCUGCACUCAGCCAGUUUGAGAAAGUCUCCACAGACCUUGGCUCUGGAGAUAAGGUCCUUGCUCUGGCAGGUUUUGAGGUUGAAAAAGCCAAGAAAUGACAGUGUGGCUGUUGGCGCCCCCAGACCCCUCCUAACCGCACACAGUGCUUUCAUCCCGAGGACUUGGAGGCAUUGCAAAGACAUAGAGGUUCUCAGAAUGCCCAAGAACAGGUGACAUGAAAACAGUGGCUUCUGCUUAGGCUUUCCUCCCAGGAGGCCCUUGUCCUUCUUUGUGGGGCUCCCUUAACUGACCCUGGGCUUGUUGGGACGGGACCUGCUGGACUCAUUCUGUGGUUUGUUUUGUUAAGACGCCUUGUGUUUUAGUGCUGAUCAGAGUGAAAGCCGUGAGCUGGUGAUUGUCCUGAUUCUUGUCUGCACGCCUGGGGGUGACCAGGGCGGUGAUGUCACUAGCCCUCCUGUGUCUGAAUCAGAAACCUUUUCAUUUUCACACAAGGAGACCAAGACACAGAAAGAGCAUGUGAUCGGUCUAAAGUCACAUUAGGGACAGAGCUGUGACUGUGGCUCAGGUAUCCUGACUCCUGGUUUAUUUCUUUAUUCUGUACUGUUGUAUUUUUUAAAAAUAAUUAACUUGUAUUUGUGCAAGUUGGCAUCUAUGAAAAUUCAGUGUCCUAGCCCAGAGUUGAAUGGAAAUGUGGGGCUGUUCCCAGCCUGUGAGUGGGCAGCAUGAAUGGGGCCCAUUGUAUCUCUGGAUUUCUAACAAGCAACAAUGGGAGGCCCUGUUGAGAGCCUCCUGAAGUAACUUAACCUCCUGCCUUGUCUCAGUGAGGAAGCAAUAGGAAAAGGCAGCCCCAGGCCCUCUGAGGGAGGUAACAGUGAAUUACUAUAAACUGUGCCGUUUGGGGAGAAAUAUAAAUUCAGUUAUGAAGAAAGCAAGUUUCUCCCUGAGAGCAGUGACUGCAUGGGCAGACGCACAGCCACGUCCCUCCACGUACUUUCCCCAGGCGUCCUUCCUGUGUUUCUCAAUGUUCUCUAUUUUUUUUUCACUUUAUACAAAUUAAAAACAUUUUUACUGCUUCUUAUAAACUUAAAUUCUACUAGGUGCUUUGCCAACUGAACAAAUUAGGGGACCUCAGCUAUGUAAAUGCCUUAUUUGGAACUUGUAAUGUCUUUUGGGUUUUUUGAGAGGGGUGGGUCUCUGGGUCAACAAGUUGACCCAGUAGAAAAAGGUGCUUGCUGCCAAGCCUGAUGAACCAAGUUUAAUCCCCAGAUUGACAUGGUGAAGGGAAAGAAUUGACUUUUACCAGUUAUCUUCUGACCUCCACGUAUGUGCCAUGGCUCAUGUGAGUGCACACAUAUACAUGCAUACCCACGUACACACUCAAUAAAUAAAAGAAAAAUUGAAAAGGGA